UUCCGACAGCGGCUGUAGAUCUUGUGUAUGUUUCGAGCCAUGUUUCAUUUCUAAGAAUAACACAAUUUGCUCUGCCUUGUCAGGUGGAAUUGUUUGAAGCUUCUCCAGUGAAAUGACAGCUGCUCGCUCAUAUAUAAUCCACGUUGAAAGCGUCAGGAGUCACAUUUGUCACAUGAUGCGCUUCGAUAUGGCAUCCAGUAGAUGGCGCUGUUUUGUUGUGGUACUCGCCACUGCAUGUUAAAAAAUCAGUUUGACAUCGGACAAAAAUCGGUUUAGAGAAUUUACUGCAGCCCGUUCAACAUGCGCAUCACGUACAUGCAUUCAACGGUCAAUUCAAUAUUGAAGAGGUGACUCCGUAUAACUCACGCGUGUGUGUGUGUGUGCGCGCGCGCGUGCUCUCUGGUGUGUAGCAGUUAGCUGCGCCUCCUCAACAUAGGCUAACGUGAUGCGGUGUUGUGCCCGUCGCUGAGGCGCCUGUUAGCCGGUCGUUUCACCGUCCAACUCGCUGCUGUCGCUUGACGGCAGGGGAGCAGCCAUGGCAGGCAUUAUCAAAAAGCAGAUUUUGAAACACUUGUCAAGGUUUACCAAGAACCUGUCCCCGGACAAGAUAAACCUGAGCACUUUGAAAGGGGAGGGGCAGCUCUCGAACCUGGAGCUUGAUGAAGAGGUUCUCCAAAACAUGCUUGACCUGCCUACCUGGCUGGCUGUCACACGCGUCUUCUGUAACAAAGCAGCCAUCAGAAUUCAAUGGACAAAGUUGAAAACAAGCCCCAUCUGCCUGUUUCUCGACAAGGUGGAAGUGGAGAUGAGAACUUGCGAGGAGCCUCGGCCACCGAAUGGUCCCUCCCCCAUUGCAAUCACAGCAGGCCAGAGUGAGUACGGUUUCGCUGAGAAGGUGGUGGAGGGCAUGUCUGUCAGGAUCAACACCAUCACCAUCAAAGUUCAGGCCCGGGCAUUCCAUGCCUCCUUCGAGCUGUGGCAGCUGCAGGGCAACAGUCUCAACCCCAAGUGGCAGCGCACUGACCUCCGCUACACUCGCGUGACCGACCCAAAGAGAGGAGAGGUGUUGACAUUUAAAGAAAUAAACUGGCAGACGUUAAGAAUCGAGGCAGAUGCCAUCGAGAGUGACGACCAGGACCUGGGAAGCACACCGCUGCGUCUCAUUACCAACCAGGGCCGCAUCCGCAUCGCCUUAAAGCGCAGAAUUAAAGAUUGUAACGUGCUGGCGUCCAAGUUGUUUUUUAUCCUGGACGACCUGCUGUGGGUGCUGACUGACUCGCAGCUUAAAGCUAUCAUCCACUACGCAAAGUCCCUCAGCGAGGCCAUGGAGAAGUCGGCGCAGCAAAGGAAGAGCAUGACAGCCGAGUCCCUGCAGACGGCUCCUCCCUCUCCUGGCCUCCACAGCUUGUGGACUGAGCCCCCACCAGCCCCCCCAGGGACUCCCAACAACAUGAGUCAAUACUUCGAUACCUUUGAUGUGAAAGAAUCGUCAUAUCACACUUUUAUAUCCCGCUUGGACUUACACAUAUGCAAUGACAGUUCAUCAGCUGACGAAGAUGAACCUCCCCCACCAGGAUUACAGGGUGCGAUGCAGCUGACAUUCAGGAAACUUGGUGUGGACUACUAUCCCAUCCACAGACCGGCUGACGGAUGUCGUCACUGGGAGCGCCACACUGGAGCAAUGGAUGCUCACGCGCAGUGGGCGGGGAAGUUGCUCCAGGAAUAUCAGAGAAAAGUCGAGGCUUCAGGUUUUCCAGGGCCGCAAAACCAGGCACCACUAACAAACAAGGACUCACCUGCUAAGACUGGUCAAGCUGAACAUAGAAGUCCAAAAACAAGCCACUCGGACAAAGAACAGGCGACAGGCAGACACUCUGAUGGCGCUGCUGUGGCCUCCUCCCUCAAGCGACUGCGCUCCAGCUGCAUGGUGAUCCGGAUGGAUGAUGUGGACAUUCACCAGGUCUCAACGAGAGGCCGGCAAAAUAAGAAGACCCAGUCUUUACUGUCGUGCCAUCGGAAAGCACUGCGAUUGCCGGAUGAUGUGCCAGGGGUGUACCUGCAGUUCACUGAGUACUACUUUCCCAACAACCCCGCUUUCCCAGUUCCAACUUCAAACCUGUACGCCCAGAUAAACGGCCUCCAUCUGUGUGUUGACCCAGCGAGUGUGUUGUGGAUCAAUUUGUUCUCCCGCGGCCUGCUACAAACUCUGGACCAAGUCAAAGCAUUCUAUCAUUUGCAAGACAGAAGCAAAGCCGAUGAGCACGUCGACAUCCGCGUUGACGCUGCUCAACUGAAACUGAUUGUUCCACUGGACUCUUCCAUAUUGGACCAUCCGGAGCGCCCACAGUCCCUCAGCGUCAGUGUCCCUCAGAUGGUGCUGAGCAACACUCGCUGCUGCCCACACUGCUCCAGUUCUGACCUCAGCAGCACCUAUGAGAAGUUCUCUAGCUGCUCUUUCUUCCAGAGGGGCUCGGCCCCUUCUUAUCCCAGAGAUAUCAGUGCCUUCCACGCACUUCCACCCUUCUCCCUGUUGGAGUCCAAAGAACCGGAGCGUCUGCUGGAGUCAACACUGUCACGCUCCAGGGAUGUCUGGUCUCUCAGCCUGUCCCGCGUUACGCUCGGUUUUGAUGGAGCUCGGAAUUUACCAAAAGGCAGAACCCAACCGUUUGUUGAGCCGUUCUCUCUGUCUGUGUGGAUGUGCCAGCCUUCUCGCCGUAGAUCCAGCUCAUCCUCCCCUACUAGUCCAACCAGAUCCACUUUAAAUCAAGAGGAAGUCUCUCUUGCCUCCGUCCAUAUCUUAGCCCAUUCCAUCACCCCUGUAAAGAUGUGGUUAAACCACUACCAGUAUGUUGCGCUGCUGAGAAUGAAGGACGCCUUGGCCCGUUUAGGGGCAGAGUUGGGCCAGGCUCUUCCCUAUGGUAAAAAGACUCAUGACCAGAAGAGGAAACCUUUGACAGUCUGCCUCGCCGGGCUUGUCGACUCUUUAGAAGUGGGCCUCCUUUUGCCUCCAUCUUCCACAGAGCCAGAGGAAGAGAUUCCCCAGACUCCAGAGACAGAAAGCCCGAGUGUAACAGACUCUGAAGCGUCCCCCACCCACCAGGCCACUGAUCUGGUCUUGGAGGACACAGUGUUGGAAAAUGGCGUCUACUCUGUCAACGCCGAUGCUUCAAUAUCUGAUCAGGACGAGCCAGAUGAAGUUGUGGAGGAAGCUUGUGAGGCAGUGGAGGAAGGGAUGGAUGGCCAUGAAGACAAGGAGCGUACCCCUGUUCUGUCUCCUCGACCAUCACCUCUUGUCUCCCCGAACUUGUCCAGAGAACCAUCCACCUUCAGUCUGGAAGGGGAGUUGUCAAGUGCCAUUAAUGUCACCAAGGAUGUGACCAAAGAUGCCAUCAGUGCCUCACUGGAUUUGACCAAGGGGGCAUUUUCCAUCACGAAAGAUGCCUUCAGCAUGUUGAGCCGAGGCUCAGGGAUGAGCAAGCUGUUCAGUGCGCAGGCCAGGGAGCAGGUGAAGCGCUCAGAAGAGUCCUCCCCGUCUUUGGCUCCCAGACCUCUGAAGCAGUCACCGUCCCAGCAUUCCUUCGACAGCGCAAUUUUGGAUGGCAGCCUGCCAGAUGAAAGUCUGUCAGUGAACAGUGACGCCAGCGAUAAUUUUGUCAUCCUCAUGGACUCAGAGUCAGGAAUGGAGUCCAUGCCCAUGAGCAACACUCCCACAGGGAGCCGCAGAAGCCCAGCUCCAGGGACGGAGGGAGGCUCAUCGGCUGACCUCAGCAGCUCUCUCUCCCAGAGCACCGAGGAUGUUUCCCAGGAAAUGUCGUCAGUGUUGCUACUGGUUCUGACUGGAGCGGCAUGUACUUUGGAAGUCAAUGGGGACAACCAACUUGCAGCUGUGGAAGUGCAAAACCUCAACACUGUGCAGAUGGGCAACGUCAAAAUAUCUGAUCUGCACGCCGGUCUGGUUCAAGCUCCGGUUGAGACCCCAAGUUGUCAGGUUCAAAGAACCAGCCCAGCUGUUGCGCUCCAGGCACAAAUGGGUCCAUCGGCAGCUCAACAUGCCGCUCUGGCAGAGUCGCUGGGCUUCUUGGACGUGAGAGUGAAAGACCUGCAUGCCAACCUGCUGGCCUCCACGGUGGCUAGCAUCGGCCCGUUUCUGGAGGACGAGUUCAGCGUCGACGGUCAGCCAAUGAGGUUGCACUUCAGCAAUCUGACCAUCACGAUGAAGGAUGACGGCCCCAGAAUCUACCCGACGGCCCCACAGUCAACACCAGCCACAUUUGUCGUCGAGCAAAUGAUAAUGGAGCGCUGUGAAGACGGCAUCAUGAGGCUGAAAGGGGUUCCUGUUGCUGGCCUGGAGCUCCAUAACUUGUCCUGCUCAGAGCGUCAGACAGAGUCCCAAACCUUGGAGUCGGAUCUCUCUGAGGCCCGCGCUGCUCUCACCCAAGCCCUCAGUGACAAAGAACGCCUCCUCCUGGAGAUCAGGAAGUACGAUCCCGCUUUUACUCUCUCCGGCUCCCCAUCCAUGUGAAAGUGGAGGCCAACUCCUCCUGCUGACUGACCGGGAAACAUCAAGAACCAGCUCGUCUUUGGCUAUACUUGCGUGUUGGCAAACACUAAUCCCACCAGAGUAUAAAAGCUACAUUUAUGACACUGUAAUAGUCAAGAGGUCCCUUCUGUUGGUCUCCUGGGAUUUCCUCCAUCCAGAUUAGUGUGAACAGUAAACUUAUUGUGUGGUUUUAGUGUCGGUCAUGUGGCAUGUUUGGGUUUUAACCAAUAAGCUUUAAUUAAUGUGUGUGUGUAGUCAUUUUCAGUGGAAAACAUGCCAAACUUGCACUGACACUGCCAGGCAGAUCCAUCCAUUUUUAGCUGUGUAACAGUUGCUAAUCCAACAAAAACGUUCUGAAAUGUAGGUAAGAGGUUCUACAUGAACUGUUUGACUUGUGUUGGUGUCAAUUCCCCGAGAGCUUAGGAAGAGUGCCGCGUCUUUUCCAACCUUCUGAUUCAGUUUCACCUCUCUGGAGGGGAGUGUUGCUCUCUUAUCAUUUUGUUUCUUCACACAAAAAAAGCAGGUCAACAGUGUUCAUGUUUGCUUUCAAGCUUGUGAAAUGUUUUAUCAUGAUUUGGUUUUUUUUAAACUGUGAACAUACAUGCUUUGUGGCUGAAUGUCACUUAUCACUGUCAGUGAGUGAAGAGCAGUAGGUACAGCUGCCUCCGUGUGUGUGUGUGUGUGUGUCUAUGUAUGCAGAGGUUAUUGCAGCUGCCUGAGUUCUAAUACUUGAUCAUAUUAAGGCCCGGUACCAUAUGUACACAAGGAUACAUAUUUUAAGUUGUUUUACUCUGGUUUCUCAGCAGCACCAUGUUCGCUUCUUUCCGACCUUCUUGGCUUUUGAGUUGUGUAUUAUUUCUUUCUAACUUUGACUGUCCGUAGAGAUGGGAGGGUUGUGUUUGUGUCUUUUUUUCCUCCUUGUGUACAUGUGUUGACUGGGCCUUCCCCCCUCAGUAUCUUUCUCAUAGUGCAAGUCUGUCUCACAUGUUUUAUCAUAUUUAUUUUGUAACAAAUGGAAGGUCAAGUUUUAGUGAGUGAUUUUCCAAAAUGCUUUGGUACCCAUGAUGCAUGUUCACUGUGUGAGUCCUGCUGUUCAGUUGAUCCGAAUGCCAUUCGAAAGUUCACCCUCUAAUACUGUAUGCAGUCUUCUUUGUUACCUGGGCGACCCCUGGUGGCUGCCUGGUGAUCGAACUUGGGUUGCCUUAGAAUGAAGAAACCGUGUCUCAGAGGAAUGUAAAAUAAUCAAGCAAUAAUUCAUGAACCUGAGAAACCGUGACGUGAGUUGCUUUUACCUACAACCUGUGAACUGCAUGACACUUCUAUUGUAGAAAUCCUGCCAUUUAGGAAUCCGUGCUCUCUGUAGCCGUUUCUCUUUUAUUCAUGUUUAACAGAUGCAACAUGUAGCGGCAGAUGUGUUCGUCUUCACUCAGCAGUCGUGUUUAGUAGCCACAUCUGUUGACUGAGUAUUGAUAAUUCAACUUGAUAGACACAUAUCAGGGUAUUUCAUAGCGACCAGUUUUGUUUUUUUAAAGGACGUGUGGAGGUUCCUCUUGAUGCAUGGUUUUUUUGCACUGUGGUAAUUCACUGAAAAUUGCACUUGAAAAGGAGGAGUGAAAAGGAGUCAGUGGGAUUUAUUGUGGACAGUAUUUUUUUGUUUUGUUGAACGACGUUCAGUUUUGUAUUGCAUUACCAUUUUGAGACUAAUAUAUUAACUUGGUUCUGUGAACCAUUAACAGAGAAAAAUAAAAACUGCUGAACACAUGUCCUUUGGGCGUUUCCUCUUGUCAUUCUUGUGGAAAUGUUGAGUCAGUUUACUGUGCUGUGAUUUCAU